ACACAGGCACGGCCGGGGACAGCCCUUCAGUUUGACAUUCCGGGGGCCUUGGAAAGGAACAACAAAGAUGGCGGCGCCCAUGGGAAGGUGGUUGUGCUGCGCAGCAAACCUCGGGAAGGGGUUUUCUCCUCUGGUGAGGACGGAAUCCUACACUACUGCAACACACACACUCUACCCGUUUGCUGCAAGGAAACCUCAGCUGCCUCUGAAAGUUUUAUAUAAUCCAGCACGAUGUAUGUUUAUCCAGACACAGGACACCCCAAACCCCAACAGUGUAAAGUUCAUCCCAGGAAGACCGGUUCUGGAGGCAAGAACCAUGGAUUUCCCAACCCUUACAUCUGCCUAUUGUUCUCCUCUGGCCAGACAUCUCUUUAGAGUUCAAGGUGUUAAAAGUGUUUUCUUCGGGCCAGAUUUCAUCACAAUUACAAAGGACAGUGAAGAGAUGGACUGGAACUUGAUUAAGCCUGAUAUCUAUGCAACCAUCAUGGACUUCUACUCCUCCGGCUUACCUGUAGUGACAGAGGAUGCUCCCCGCAGCGAGACUGCUGCAACAGAAGAAGAUGACGAGGUGGUGGCCAUGAUCAAGGAACUUCUGGAUACAAGAAUACGGCCAACAGUGCAAGAAGAUGGUGGGGACGUUCUCUUCCGGGGGUUUCAGGAUGGCAUCGUUCAGCUGAAGCUGCAGGGCUCCUGCACAAACUGCCCAAGCUCCAUUAUCACACUGAAAAACGGUAUCCAGAAUAUGCUGCAGUUCUAUAUCCCAGAGGUAGAGGGCGUAGAACAGGUGACAGAUGACGACGAUGAUGAAGAUGUUGGAAAAGAACCCUCUUCUUCUUGAAGACUUCCUCUGUUCAUAUUAAAGGAUGCCACGUUUUAUGCCACCACAAACCACAACUCAUCUUUUCCAUCUUGUUCAGUGGGACUUUUCUAUUUUAAUGUGGAAACAAUAAAUUUAACUCGUCAUGUGCAAAAUCACAGUUUAUAUCCCACUGUUUAGUAUGUGCGCAACUUUACCUGCCGCAAAUUUCCUGGAGAAUAAUAAUAAUUUGCUGUGAUGCAUAUUAUAAGGACUGGUCAUGUGCUUAACAUAUGUAAAGAGGCGACACAAUUCGUAGGUAACUGGUUCCUUUUCAAGUGAAAUGAGUGAAUACGUGACAAUAUUAUUUAAUCGUAUUGUUUUUAUGACUAGAAUAAUCAUCUUGAUUAUAUGUCAGGGAUCUCCAGCAACUGUCUAAAUAAAAAUGGAAAAAAAAAAAAAAAAUGUUAUUACUUUGCUUCUUUGGCAAAA